GAAGGGUGGACGUUAUCACACAUGGUGCGUAUGAAUUCAAUCCAAAUCUAGAAAUGUCUUGAUCUGACCGCUUCUGAAAAACUUCAUGAACUGUCGAUGUGACGCAUCAAUCAUCUUGCGAUAGUUUGACCUUCAAGUGCUCGCAACCUUCGUCAGCGGACGAUACCUUGAAGCGUUGCCAUUUUACUGUCUUCCAACUAUGUCGAAACUAUUCGAUUUUCGUAGUUUAGUAUCGUAACUGAGAGCCGCUGAAGGUCGUUAGUUGGGUCUACGUCCACUGGCUUCGAAGGAAUUACAGGUGAAUGCAUCACACAACAUACCGUGCUAGAAGUCAAUUCCGGAAUACGAGACUUCUCUUUCAUGUCUAUACCCAAAAGAAGUUAGUGGAACAAUGUUUUAACAUAACGUAUCUUGGUCUCUUUUCAAAUACUGUUAUUAAAGAAACUCAUAUGCUAUUUAAUACAUGUUCCUUGUCCGAGAGAUCAUCGUGGUCAAAACAUUGUCCACAGUUCGAUAAUAUCCAAUUGAAAUAUCUACCGAUCGACAAUGGAUCCAAUAGUAUACGAUCUGUAUCGAAUGCUUGUUUCACACGUGUCAGUCCAACCAGAAUAGACAAUCCUCGCGUAGUUUUAUUUUCUCCUGAUGCACUUAGUUUGCUAAAUAUUCGUCAUGAAGUUAACCAUCUUGAUGAACAAAAAUGUAUAGAGAAAACAGGAGAAACAAAUCAUCUAGUUGAAUAUUUGUCAGGAAACAAAUUAUGGCCUGGUAGUGAUCCCACAGCUCAUUGUUAUUGUGGGUAUCAAUUUGGUAGUUUUGCUGGUCAACUUGGAGAUGGUGCAGCAAUUUCACUUGGUGAAGUGAUCAAUAAACAAGGUGAACGUUGGGAAUUACAAUUGAAAGGCUCAGGUUUAACUCCAUUUUCUCGGCAAGGUGAUGGAAGAAAAGUAUUACGUUCCAGUUUACGAGAGUUUCUAUGCUCUGAGGCAAUGUAUUAUUUAGGCAUUCCAACUACUCGAGCUGCAUCAAUUAUCACAUCUGACACUCUGGUUGAACGUGACAUGUUUUAUACAGGUGAUAAUAUCACUGAAAAAGCCAGUAUAACUAGCAGAGUAGCUAAGACAUUCAUCAGGUUUGGAUCUUUUGAAAUAUCUAAGUCCCCAGAUCCAAAUACUGGGCGUUUCGGACCAAGCGUUGGUAAUUUGACAAUUGUAUCACAACUUACUAAUUACGUAAUACAGCAAUUUUAUCCUCAUAUUUGGUCAGAAUAUUCAAAUGAUAUUAUUAAUUGUUAUGUGGAAUUCUUUAAAGAAGUAGUGAAACGUACAGCUAACCUAGUCGCUCUUUGGCAAACUGUUGGAUUUUGUCAUGGUGUAUUAAAUACAGAUAAUAUGAGUAUUAUUGGCUUAACAAUUGAUUAUGGACCAUUUGGUUUUAUUGAUCAGUUCACUUGGGAUCAUAUAUCGAAUACAUCGGAUCCAAAUGGACGUUAUUCAUAUGCUCAACAACCAAGUGUUUGUGCAUGGAAUUUAGCUCGUCUAGCUGAAUGUUUAAUUCAAGCAUUAAUUGAUCAACAGAAAUGUUCAUCUGAUAAAACAACGAAUAAAGAAUGCAUAUUUGUUGAUAAUCUUACAAAAAAAUUCACUAAUGUUUUGGAUACUACAUAUAUGUCUUGUUUUAAAAGUAUCUAUUUGGAAAGAAUGCGUAAAAAGUUAGGUUUGCUUUAUGCCAAGGAUGAAAUAGAUACAGAACUUACUCAACACUUAUUUGAUACUAUGGAAAUGACUGGUGCUGAUUUCACAAAUACAUUUUUAGCUUUAGAAGAUACUUUAUCACAAGUUGUAUAUCAAAAUAAUGCAGAUUUAUUAAAACCUGAUCUCAUUGUUAAAGAAUGUUGUAGUUUAAGUCAAUUACAAGAAACAUUUGAACCGAUUAAUAUGCAAUUACAUCAUCAACUAUCUGCAAAAUUUACCGGUAUUCGUGAAAAUAUCAUAGAUCAACUAGAAGAAACGAAAAUUUUGAAAAGUAAAGAGAAAGAAAAACUAUACAAAGAACUAGAGCAUAUGACAGAACAAGAAUACCAAGAGAGAAAUAAACGUCUAUGGUCUAUUUGGUUACAAGCAUACAAAGUACGUUUAGAAAUUGAUUUCGAAGGGAAUCAUGAUAAUGCCAAAACACAAUUCUCUGAACGUUUAAAUUUAAUGCAGUCUGUAAAUCCUCGAGUAGUUCUACGCAAUUAUCUUGCCGAAGAAGCUAUUAAAUCAGCUGAUAAAGGAGAUUAUACAGUUGCACAACAAUUAUUCAACUCAUUGACCACACCUUUUAAAAAUCCUGAUAUGUCAUUGAAUAACGAGUCUUUUCAUCUUGUAUCCCGGAUUAAAUAUCGUCCUCCUGAUUGGUCUCGUAAACUACGUGUUUCUUGUUCAUCUUAACAGAUAAUAACAUGUAAGCUUUGAAAAUAAAUAUCCAUCCAUAGUGUAUUUUAAUAUCUUGCUUCAAUUUACGAUACUCCCAGAUGUUCAACAAUUUGGUUUUAAAUUUCAUUACCAAAUACAUCAAAAACACUAAAUAUUAUACCUUUGUUUUACUAUCACUCAUUUGUGUCAAGUUGCUGUGUUGUUUAGGAACUGUAUUUUGUUAGUUGACCUCCGAUUCUGUUGUGCUUCCAAAAAGAAAAGAAUAUGUUCUUGAUUUGUGUUGAUGUUUAUGUGAUCAGGCCGUUACUACAAAAUUAGUUGUACUAUCUAGUUUGUUAAUUGAUUAGUUUGUCUCCGAAGGAUUGCUGACAUUCAGUGGCAACACCAUGUCAGUAAUGCAGAGGUUCGGCAUCGUGUGUUCGGGCACAGAGAUGAUAACUCAAUUGGUGUCACCAUCUUGAAACACCGACUUCGGUGGCUUGGACAUGUUCUCCGAAUGUCGUCACAGAGAAUUCCACGUCGUGCAUUAUUUGCCGACUCUGGGACUGGUUGGAAGAAGCGGAGAGGUGGUCAGUGCAUGACAUGGUGUCGUGGCAUGAAAGAAAGCUGCAAAUGACUGGCUUGUGUUGGUCCUUCACGACUCCCUGGCUGGGGUCCGAGAGAUGGUGUUACACAGUGGCUAGAGACGUUAUCAGAUAUGGCUCAGAAUAGAAGCCAGUGGCGAUCCUGCUGUAACCUUCUUUUACUUUCUUCAUAAAAAGUGGUUGUGUCUCCUUUACCUGAAAGAUUUCUUCUGAUUGUACCUUUUCGUUCCGUCGUUACUACCACAUUACCUUACUCCAAUCUCUUCGUCAUUACUCUCUCUUUCUUUUGCGUUCCUUAGUUUUUUUUGUUUUUUUCUUUCUUUCUUUCUAUCUCUCUUCGAAUUCUCAUUGUUUUGUGUGGCGCAUAUAUAUUGGCGCUCUCUUGUUCCAAUAUUUAUGUGUUC